GUGUUUUAGCACCUUUUUUCGGCAUAAGCCGCCGGCAGUGGUUCGGGAUAUUUCGAUAUAUAAUUUUUGAUUGGUUGUUUUUUUUGUAACGUCAAUGGUUAUUGGUUCAAAUCUUUUUUGGUCUUUCCUUAAAAAGUGUGUCUUUCCUUAGUAAAGUCACUUUAUGUUGGACUUUACAUGUGUUUUAUUCUUUAAAAUAAAAAAAGGAAAGUACACAUAUUCUUCUUGAUAUUUUAGGUAAGAAUUUUAUAUUUUGAAUUUCUGACAGAUUUUGUUAAACUUGAAUUCUCAGAAUGUUGUUAACAUGUUCUCUCAAGAUUACAGUUUGUAAAUUGUAAAUGUGUCUAUGUUUCUGUAAUAGUUUAACAUUUUUAUUAUUUUUGUUUGUUAACGGACUCAGUGUAAAUUGAUAAUUCAAUUUCGAAUCCGCUGAUUUAUCCUUUUCCGUGAUAAGCACCUCUUUUGGCUAAACUGAUAUUGUAAUGAUGCAAGCAAAAUAGAUUUCAUUGUAAUUAAAGUUUUGAAUCAUUUAAGCAAUAAUGCAGGAACUAUUUAGUACAGAUGUCUUGGAAGAGAGUCAAAAACAGGGGCAACAACUCCUGAAUUACCUAAACAAUAGAAACCGUGCAACAAAGCACAAAACUGGUGGGUAGGGAUCUUUCCUGACCUCACAGAUUAGCAAGCGAGAAGGAAUGGUGCUAACUACAAAACCAUCUGCAGUGAACAUUGUACAAACUCGGUCUUCAAAACAGAACCAGACACAAAGUUCAUUUUCUAGUUUACAUCACAUCCAGAUUGAAGCAAACACACCAUCAAGUCCCGUUACGGUAAACGCCUCUACAUCAACCAGUACUGUUCCUAGUGCAGAUAUUGAAAAUAUCUCUCACUUCACCAACAUGGCUGGAACCCUUCGGUUAGAACCUUUCAAGGGGGAGUGUGGUGAAGAUAUUGAAAAGUUUUUGAGACGUUUUGACCAGUACUGUGCCUGUAUGAAUUUUAGAGAGGGACAAGCUUUUGCUCAACUUGCCUGGCAUUUGGAUGGAAUUGCUAGACUCUAUAUUGAAAAUCAAUCACCGGCUCCAACCACACUUGAUGAAUUAAAAGAGUUAUUAGUGACAAAAUAUUCCAAAGAAAAACCUGUGAGUCUGAACAUUUUCAGUAUGAAGCAGGAAGUUUCGGAAAAUGCAGAACAAUUUCUAUCGCGAUUAGAGGCAGAAACUUUCAAAACUAAAAUAAAUGAUGACUUACAAGUCCAGAUCGCACUCAAUGGUCUUCAUCCAAGUGUAAGUUCUGCCAUUUCAACUCAUGGACCAAAGACAUUGUCAGAAGUACGCAAUCUUGCGCGUCGCUUAACAAAUGUAAGACAUUCAGCACCGGUAGCUGCUGCCAAUAAUUCCUUUGAAGAUACUGUGAACAUUUUAACGGCAGCAGUUGCUCAAUUAACAACUGUUAUGACAAAACAACAACAACAGCCAGAACCGCCUUCUAGGAAUUACAGUCCUCAUCAUCGCCAACCACAAACAAGACGCCAACCUCACUUUGAGAAGGAAAGAGAAGCAUGUCCACGUUGUGGAGGUAGGUGCACUUCCUAUAAAUAUUGUAGAGCAAUAGGCAAAACUUGUGACUUAUGUGGUCUUAACAAUCACUUCAAAUCUAAAUGUAAGACUGCUCGCAAAAACUAUCGGGUAAAUUCCAGCUAGGGACUCGCGCCUAUCUGCAGGUGUGAGUCUAUCAAACCAGUAGAUGGGCACAAUGAUAUGAAAACAAAGAAAACCCACAAUGAUACAAAUUUUCAAAAAACCCAUAAAAACCAAAAAGAUAAAGACUACUCUUCUAAAAAAGAUGACCAUGAUUUAGGUAAUAGUGCUGCCAAAAGCAACAAAAGAAAAUCUUUUGUAACAAAUAAUUCUGAUAAAACUGUAAAAGAAGCUGAAGUAAAUGCCAACUUUUCUGCGGAGUUACUGAGAAAUACUGUUGUUGUUUCUGUCAAUCAGAGAAAAACUCCGGCCUUAUGUGACACGGGUGCUAAUGUCUCUUGUAUAAGUAAAUCAUUUUUAGACAGAAUUUUUCCAGAUGACAAACCGCAGUAUGUUUCCAAUAUUUUUAAUUCAAUCAAAGGUGUAGGUGGAACAAUUCAUAGUGUUUCUGGUGCAGUGGAACUUGACAUUAAAUUUGGUAAUCUGACAUGUCCACACCAUUUUUUAGUUGUGGAAGAUCUUCAUCAUUCCUUGAUUCUAGGUCAUGAUUUUUUGAA